AUCGUCCACAGAACUUUGGCUGCCAUGCUGGGCUCCCUUGUGGCAUUAGCAGCGCUGGCUGUGGUUGGCGACAGACCCAGCCUGAACCUGGUGGUGGAGUGGAUUGAUUUCGAGACGCUGGCACUGCUGUUUGGCAUGAUGAUCUUAGUAGCCAUCUUUUCAGAAACUGGAUUUUUUGAUUAUUGUGCUGUAAAGGCAUACCGCCUGUCCCGGGGAAGAGUGUGGGCCAUGAUCAUCAUGCUGUGUCUCAUUGCUGCCAUCCUGUCUGCCUUCCUGGACAAUGUCACCACAAUGCUUCUCUUCACUCCAGUAACCAUAAGACUAUGUGAGGUGCUCAACCUGGAUCCGAGACAAGUCCUGAUUGCAGAAGUGAUCUUCACAAACAUUGGAGGAGCUGCCACUGCCAUCGGGGACCCGCCAAAUGUCAUUAUUGUUUCCAACCAGGAGUUGAGGAAGAUG